UAUGCGCAUUGUUUUGAACAGCUUUCGACACUAGCCUUACAGCUGAGAAAACAAUGGAUGAAGACGCCGGGACUGGUGGAUCUUCCUCACGGGCGGAGAAGAAGGCGCUGCAAAGAGCCAAGAUCCUGCAACGGGAAAGCGAGCAGGGCAUAUUUAAACUGGUGGCGAGGAUCCUGAAGAAAGCGGAGGCCGAGCGGUCAGAGGAGGAGGCCGCGGCGCUGCUGCGGCACCGGGACACCGUGGAGGAGCUGUGCCGGAGACAGGUCCGCAGAAAUGUGCUCAAGAGGAAGCAGGAGGAGGUGUUUGAUGACGCAGAAGAGCUGAAGAAUAAAGUCAGUCAGCUGGCUGAGGCGGUCAAACAUGCACAACACCUGGUGGUUUACACUGGAGCCGGCAUCAGCACGGCAGCGUCUAUCCCAGAUUACAGGGGUCCUAAUGGGGUGUGGACACAGCUGCAGAAGGGACGGGCAGUCAGUGCGUCUGAUCUGAGUAAAGCAGAGCCGACCCUCACACACAUGUGCAUUAGGAUGCUGCAUAAGGAGAAGCUGGUCCAGCAUGUGGUGUCUCAAAACUGUGAUGGACUUCACCUGCGUAGUGGACUUCCUAGACAUGCCCUCUCUGAACUCCAUGGAAACAUGUUUAUUGAGGUGUGCACGUCCUGUUCCCCGGCCAGGGAGUACGUGCGCUCGUUUGAUGUGACGGAGCGGACGUCGCUGCACCGCCACGGGACGGGACGCAGCUGCACCCACUGCGGUGGUGAGCUCAGAGACACCAUCGUGCACUUCGGGGAGCGUGGGACCCUGGAGCAGCCUCUGAACUGGAAGGGAGCUGCCGAGGCCGCCAAGAUGGCAGAUGUCAUCCUCUGCUUGGGCUCCAGUCUGAAGGUGCUGAAGAAAUAUGCCUGUUUGUGGUGCAUGAACCGACCAGUAAGCAAAAGACCCAAACUCUACAUCAUCAACUUACAGUGGACGCCAAAAGACGACCUAGCCACGCUGAAGAUUCAUGGCAAGUGUGAUGACGUCAUGAGACUGCUAAUGGAAGAGCUGAACAUGCAGAUUCCUGAUUAUGACAAGGCAGAGGACCCAAUCUUCAGCCUUGCCACACCUCUGCGGCCAGAAGAGGAGAGCAGCCACACGCGUGAAGUCAUAGCGCCCCCUGCUGGACAGGAGGACCACUCGCCCGACACCCAGGGACAGACUGAGGCCACCGCUGUGCAGGGCGGCUGGUUCGGACGAGGCUACUCUAAAGGAAGGAAGAAGAAGCAGAAAAAGAAAAACGCUGCGUAAUGGAAGGCACCAGACUGCACUCGCUGCAGUCGUGUAGGAUGCAGUAACCAGUGAUCAGGGUCAUUUGAGGAUCCUCAUAUCAGUUUGAGUCCUGAUGACUUGGACUGUCAUGUCGUGUGUUCAUUCAGAUUUCGAAUUUGAAGCCCUCUUUGAGCCUGGAUCAGCCAAACAGUAUAAUCUGUACCGGUGGAUGAUGGGAUGCUUUAGACACCAAUCUAGGACCACCUUACCUCUUUUUAAGGAUUAUAUUUGGCAAGGAAAAUGCAAAAUUAACAGAUGAUCAUUGUCAAUGUAAAGGGACUUACUUUAUACAACAUGACUCUAAUGAUUUAGGUCAGAGGUAGUCAAGAGAUUUGAGAGCAUUUUGUAGAUAUAUUGCUCAAAGUAAAUAUUUUUUACAGAUUUUUUCCUUUACAGAUGGUUUAUAAUUUGUUUUGUAUUGUUGAUUGCACCUUACUCAACAAAGUUUGCAGUCAGUAUAGUUUGACAUGAGGAAAUAAUGUUAAUUUGAAAGUUAUUUCGGUUGUUUUAAGAGUAUUCCUGAAAUCGUGAUAGACGUUCACCCUGCUGCUAUCGUCCUCAGGUUUGCAGUAAUAUAGCGAGUACCUUGGUUUACUGAACUUGCUCUUUUUUUUUUAUUGUGUUUAUAUUUUUAGCUUAACUUUUCUGGAGGCAUCACCAACUCCUUUUGUUACACAAAUUAUGAAGGAAACUUGACUUUGACUUUGAUUGUGGUUAGUUGUUGUUUUUUGCAGUUGGUGAUAAUGAAUCUGCCAAAUGACUACAUAGACAUCUCUAAUAGUUAAUCUCAGGAUGAUGCAGUAGUAUUAUCAGUCACAAUCCACACCAUAAACAAAAGAUGGGGGGUCAAGGAAGUCUAGACUAAUCAUGUUGAGCCUAGUUGCCAGCAUUCCUAAAUCUCCCAUGGUGCUUAAACAGGAUUUAAAAGACUACUUUGUAUUUUGAGGGGGGAAAAAAACAGUAUUUGUGAAACAAUAAAAUGUUCCAGUAUGUCUGUUAGUAUAACCUGUCUGAAGUUCACUGCCUGUUGCUUUGUCCUGCUGGAUUAAAACAAAAUGUGGUAU